AUGGCCACCCAAAGACUCGGUUCCAUCUUCUCCCACCUGUCCCCCGCCAAGACUGGUGUUUCUGCCAUCACUCAGAAGAACCCCGAUGAUAUCGUUAUUACCCUCGCUAUCCGAACACCUCUCGCAAAGGGCAAGAAGGGUGGUUUCAAGGACACCGAUUUGGACUUCAUCGUCUACGCUUUGCUGAAGCAGGUGAUUGAAAAGAGCAGGAUUGACCCCUCGCUCGUCGAAGAUAUCUGUUUGGGCAAUGUCGGCGAUCCAAGAGCCGCGUACAAAGUGCGAGCCGCUAUGCUCGCAGCUGGUUUUCCCCACACCGCAGCCGCCAGCAGUGUUAACCGAUUCUGUUCGAGUGGCCUGAAAGCUGUUCAAGAUAUCGCCAACCAAAUCUCCAACGGCAGCAUUGACAUCGGCGUGGCAAUGGGUGGUGAGAGCAUGACCAAUAACCGUGGAGAUGAUACUCCCUUUUCACCUGAGAUCAUGGCCAACCAAGAGUCUGCCGACUGCACACAACCGAUGAUUCAAACUUCAGAAAAUGUUGGAAAUGACUUCAAUAUCUCAAGAAGAAUGCAAGAUGAAUAUGCCGUCGAAUCCUUUAGAAGAGCCGAGGUCGCCCAAAAGGCAGGCUGGUUUGAGGAUGAGAUUGUUCCCAUCACCACCAAGAUCAAGGACCCCAAGACUGGAGAGUUGACCGAAAUUACCCUUACUAAGGAUGAAGGUCCAAGAUAUGGAACCACUCUGGAGAGUUUGUUGAAGAUCAGACCGGCCAUGCCACAAUUUGGUGACAAGACUAGCGGUGGUAAUGCCAGUCAAGUUACAGAUGGAGCCGCUGCGAUCCUCCUCAUGAAGCGCUCCAAAGCCAUUGAAUUAGGCCAACCCAUCAUGGCCAAAUUCUGCGGCGCCACCGUGGCCGGCGUCCCUCCCCGUAUCAUGGGUAUCGGUCCUUCCGCCGCCAUCCCCAAACUCCUGGCCAAAUUCCGGCUCACCAAAGAGGACAUUGACAUUUUUGAGAUCAAUGAGGCCUUUGCAUCAAUGGCCGUCUACUGCCUGAAUGUCCUCGGCCUUGACCACGCCAAAAUGAACCCUCGUGGUGGUGCUAUUGCACUUGGACACCCUCUCGGAGCCACGGGUGCUCGACAAAUUUGCACUAUCCUCUCCGAGGCCCGGAGAACGAAGAAGAAGAUUCUGGUGACUUCUAUGUGUAUCGGCACCGGACAGGGAAUGGCUGGCCUGCUUGUCAACGAGCAGCUCUAA